AUGUACAACCAGCGACAGGGCAACACGGCGACCCCGCCACUGCACCAUCCCAUUCCCCAGCAUCCCAUUCCCCCCAUGCGGUCUCCACCUGUCGAGCAAACACAGCAUCAGAACCUCCAGGAUCGGUACGCGCCUCCACAACAACACGCCCAGCACCAGCAGCACCCGCAACACGGAGCUGGUGGCGACCAGGGCAACUUCUUCAACCCGGCCGGCUACCCGCAGUUCUUUAACGACGGAACUGCUCAGGUGGGUCUACAGGUGGGCCGAUCCGCUGUCGCUGCCGGGCAGGAGUACAUGGAGAAGAACUUCAACAAGUACGUGUCUGUGUCCCAGUUGCGGUACUAUUUCCAGGUGUCCAACCUGUAUGUUGUCAAGAAGCUCGGUCUCGUUCUAUUCCCCUUCCUACACAAGCCCUGGACUCGUGAUGUCGUUCGUUCAGAGACUACCGGCGAGAUCGAAGGCUACGCGCCCGCCAGAGACGACAUCAACGCCCCCGACAUGUACAUCCCCACCAUGGCUUUCACCACAUAUAUCAUUCUGUGUUCGGUGCUGAGUGGUGUGCACGAUCACUUCCAUCCCCAGCUGUUUGGAACCCUGGCCUCCAAGGCCGUGUCCGUGAUGGUGUUUGAGCUUCUGGUGCUCCGUCUCGCCACUUACCUGCUGUCCGCUGACUCGCAACUGUUUGACUUUGCUGCUUAUGCCGGCUACAAGCUUGUGGGCGUCCUCAUCACCAUCCUGGCUGCUUCUCUCACCGGAUCCACCUACGUUAAGUGGGGAGUCUUCCUGUACACGUACAUUGCCAACGCCAUGUUCCUUCUGCGGUCGAUCAAGUACCUCAUUAUCCCCGACGGAACCAGUCCUGUUCCUCAGGGAAUCAACACUGGCAACCGACGAAGCAGCAUCCAGUUUCUGGCCGUGUAUGCUUUCUUGUUCCAGCUGGGCAUGAUGUGGAUUUUGAUUCCGGCUAACAGUGUGUUGAACUCUGCUCCUGUGCCUGUUAUCGCCCAGACAAUGUCUUAG